AUGUCUCUACCCCGCCGAGCUCUCAUCAGCAUCACCUCUGCUUCCGCCAGUCUUUUCGAUGGCAAGGAGACCACUGGUCUCUUCAUCACAGAGGCUCUCCACCCCUACAAUGUUCUCACUGCUGCAGGCUUUGAGGUCGAUCUCACUUCCGAGACUGGCACUUACACGCCUGACUGGCUCUCCCAGCAGCCCGACUUCCUCAACGGUGAUGAUCUAGCAAUCUGGAGUGACACCAACAGCGAGUUCCGUAAAAAGCUUGACAACAUGCCAAAGGCUUCUGAGCUCGAUGCCUCCAAGUAUGGCUUGUUCUACGCCUCGGCUGGCCAUGCAGCUCUGAUUGACUACCCCACUGCGACGUCUCUCCAGAUGCUUGCCGCUCAGAUCUGGUCCAACGGCGGAGUCGUAUCUACUGUCUGUCAUGGUCCAGCUAUCUUUGCCAAUCUCAUCGACCCCACAACCAACGAGCCUCUUAUCAAAGGAAAGGAGAUUACUGGAUUCACCACCGAAGCUGAGAAAACUCUGAAGAUCAUGGGUGAACUGCGAAGCUGGGGCUCUGAAAUGGUUGAAGAGGUUGCUUCUCGUCUCGGUGCGACCUAUGUACGUGCUCCUGGUAUCUGGGACGACUUCCACAUUGUCGAUGGCCGAUUGGUUACUGGUCAGAACCCUGCCAGUGCUACAUCGACUGCUACAGCGGCUGUAGCUGUCUUCCAGACUCUCUGA